GAGCGAGACCGGCGUCGCGUUUCCCGCAGCUUGCUGUCGCGGCGCGCACGAGGAGCGAAAUUCAAGUUGGCAGUCGCGGCGCGCACGUCCGAGCGGAGGGUGCGCGUUCCCCCGCCACGGACUCGCCCUUUUCUUUCCGCUUUGAGCUUUGAUAUUCGCAGUGCGCGUGUAUCAGUGACCUUCGUCCCGGCUAAUAAUGUUCCCACUGGGAAUCCUAGUGCGCCGCGAAGCUGCUUUCCUCGCGAGAAGGACGUUAACUUUCGUCAGAAAGAAGCGGCAUUAACGCGACACUCGACGAGGAGUUUAUAGCUGACGCUCGAACGCGCCUAAGGACGCGCGAGAGACGCGACGAAACAGUAAUUGAUCCCGUGAUGUCGCCUUUAAUAGGUGGCUCCCGCGGUGCUUCGGCCGUUUAUUAGUUGCCAAAGUAUUGGAGACGCAGCGGAAAAAUUCUUCCUUCUCUUUUUCCUUCUAUCCGUGAAUGCCGCGUCGAAGGAGUGUCGGCUUCCAGCGGCACAGCUGCGAUGCUUCGUGCUUAAGGAGCAUCUCCUUGGAUCCCCGGCUCUCGGCGAAAGUGAUUUGCUAUUUUGAAUUUUACGAGUUACCAGCAGACCAUCGUAUUUGCUUGACGUCCCGCGCCGAUACACUAGAUUUUAUACGCUCGCUUUUUUCUUACUAAAAUAAUUUUAGAUAUCAUUAAGUCGAACGAAGUAUAUAAAAACAAUCGUAUAAUUUUAUUGGCGUAUGCUCAGAGAAGUUUGCAGCUCAGUUUACAGUUAUGCACUAGCUUAUUGAAUCGAAAGUAUAAGGCGAUUCGCAGAAUGCGUUUGUUCCGCGAACACAUUUUCUGGCAUAGAGCGUGGAAUGGUCCGUCUAUUUUUAAUCUCAGAGUUUAAUUAACGCUGCGCAAGAUAAACAUUUCCGUGAGUUAUCUGCCUGACUGUGUUGCUUUGUUGGAGAGUGACGAAUAAAAGGAUUCAACUGUCGCGCAGCAAUUUUCACCAACGUCAGCUUGUGACGAAGAGCAAAAGUAAAGGAAUCUUGCGAAAUCGUAUGCAAAGCUAGCAAAAGCAAUUUCUCAGUUUUUUCGACAAUUAUUCGUUUCGAUCGCUACAAACGUGUGAACAGCCGGAACUCAUCCGCAAGUCACAUUCGUAAGAUUCUUUUGUAAAACGCAGACGAAUGCAGAGUUCGUCCGCAGGGCAAUGUGUCUUCAGUUAUGCAAACGAAGGUUUGCUCGUGUAUAAUGCACUCGUAAAGACAUCAAGUACAAAUUCGAGCUUUAUGUCGUUGCUUUGCGUGGACAAUAUAAUUUUACGAUUCGAAGGUUCCUUGUUUUUCCACUUUAUCAGCGAAGCGAUUUCGCGAAAAUUGCUAGGACACAUCGUCGCAAGUAAUUGUGUGCCAACAGAUUCCACGGGCGCUCAGAAAUAAGCCCCUCGAGAGCGAGAGAGUAGCGCACUGGCCGUUAUGAGAAUACGCAGCCCACGAUAAGCUUAAAUAUAGCAAUCGCAUGGAAGAGAAGCUCGACUGAAUCGCCCGCAGUUUGCUAGCCGCGAAGAGAGGUGGCGAGGCACCGAGCGCAUUCAGAAUGUCGGCAACCGGUGGUACAGGUGUGACGACGGCGACGGCCUUGAUGGGCAACACGACGCUAAACUGCGCGGACGAUAACACGCCGGAAUUCAACUUGGACUCGCUGCAGACGAUCAUCUCGAUCGUGGUGCCGAUUUUCUUCGGUCUGAUAUGCGUGCUGAGCGUCAUCGGUAACAGCCUCGUCAUCGUCAUUGUCGCGUCCAAUGCGAGCAUGCGGUCGACCACCAACAUAUUAAUCAUCAAUCUGGCCGUCGCCGAUUUGCUGUUCGCCGUGUUCUGUAUACCGUUUACCGCCACGGACUACGUACUUCCCUAUUGGAUCUUCGGCGACGUGUGGUGCAGAAUCGUCCAGUAUCUCAUCAUCGUCACCGCUUGCGCCAGUGUCUACACUCUCGUUCUCAUGAGUCUCGACAGGUACCUCGCGGUGGUACAUCCGAUAGCAUCAAUGUCGAUGCGCACCGAGGGUAGGGCGUGCAUCGCUGUUGGGAUCAUCUGGAUCGUGAUACUCACCUCAUCUAUACCCGUGCUAUUCAUUCACGGCGAGUACGAUGAGCCACUAUCACCAUGCGACACAACGUCAACGAGUCAGGCUUAUUGCCGAAUCCUGCCUGACGCCAACUGGCCACUGUUCCAAGCGACUUUCUUCGGUGCGAGUUACGUGGUACCAUUGACGCUUAUCAGUGUCCUCUACUUUUUGAUGCUCAUACGCCUGUGGAAGGGUACGCGUACGAGUGUCGGCAGCCGACGAGGCAGAAAAAGAGUCACGAGGCUUGUCCUCGUCGUUGUCGGCGUUUUUGCACUUUGCUGGCUUCCUAUUCAGGUAAUCUUGUUGCUGAAGUCCAUGGGACUGUACACGAUGAUUUCGUCGACGGUAGCACUGCAGAUACUCAGUCAUAUAUUGGCCUACAUGAACAGCUGCAUCAACCCAAUUCUGUACGCGUUUCUGAGUGAGAACUUCUGCAAAGCAUUCCGCAAGAUCAUCUACUGUAGAUCAAGGAAGAGUCGACAAACACGACUUGGUCUGACAACUAAAAGCUCUAGGGCUGGACCUAGCAGCGCCGACAUUUUAUAGUUGUCAAGGCCGAGCAGCACCGGCAGCGGAGCAGCAACAGCAGCGGAAGCGUUGAGCAUAAUCGAACAAGGGGAACUGUGAAGUGUCGACGCGAGAAUGCUUAAAAUUGCGAGCUUGUUGUUCUUCCCUUCAAUAAGUGGAUCUCACUGUUAGCAGCAUACAUGUAUAAAUGUGUAGCGCGCCGACAACAGCAAAGUCGUGCGUACAGGCAAACUCGACAGCGGUUGACGUCAAGAGGUGUUUGAUAUCGAUCCUCUUUUUCCCUCAUCCCACCAUAUCUUUCUCGAUCAUUUUUCGGUUAGACUUGGACUGUCGCACAGAGAGAUGGCCUCGUUCAAAAAUGAAAAUAAAGUAACAGCACUGUUACGUCUUAUAUUUCUACUCAGUUUCAUUGGACCCUUGGUGGACGAGGUUUGGAUAACUUGAUUGUGAUACUAAAUUCUGUAUAUUAUUUGUAUAAAGUUUAGAUAUUUUAUCCAUAUGUUGAACAUUUAUUGUAAAUAAACUAUUCAUGUUGCA